CACUGUGUUCGUCUCGUUUCUAAAUUCAGACAAAGGUAAGUUAAAAGUAUAGCCAAAAUGGCUUCCAUAGCUCGCCUCUCUCUCCUCCGAGUCACCACCAUUCCCUCUUUAUCUUCGUUAUUUUCGUAUUCAAUCCCUUCAUUUUUCAAUCUCCAACCUAAUUAUAAGGUUUCCUCUACUCGGUCUCGAUUCAUAACGUCAUCGAUGGCUUCGGACUCCAAAGAAUCUCCAUCCAACAACCCGGGCCUUCACACUACCCCAGAUGAAGCUACCAGGGGAUACUUUAUGCAACAAACUAUGUAUCGGAUUAAGGAUCCGAAAAUCAGUCUUGAUUUCUACUCUGGCGUAUUGGGCAUGUCGUUGCUGAAGAGGUUAGAUUUUCCGGAGCUGAAAUUUAGCCUGUAUUUUAUGGGUUAUGAGGAUACAUCAUCAGCUCCAAUCAAUCCAGUUGAGCGUACUGCAUGGACCUUUGGUCAGAAGGCGACAAUUGAGCUCACACAUAAUUGGGGGACGGAGAUUGAUCCCGAAUUCAAAGGCUACCAUAAUGGAAAUUCAGAACCUCGUGGCUUUGGACACAUAGGCCUUACUGUUGACGAUACAUACAAGGCUUGUGAGAGAUUUGAACGUUUAGGAGUGGAGUUUGUGAAAAAACCUGAUGAUGGGAAAAUGAAAGGGAUAGCAUUUAUUAAGGAUCCUGAUGGCUAUUGGAUUGAAAUCUUCGACACUAAGACAAUUGGAAAUGUGACGGGUGCUGCUGCUUGAUGCGAGUUUUUUUGUAUUUCGCUUUCCCAGGAAAAUGGAACUUAGUAUGGCUUGUAUGCCUUCUCCCAUACUUUUGCUAUCUAGCUGACAAGAGUUGGUCAUAUAUGAGAUGAUGGUGGUAACUGGUAAUCCCUUGUUUAAUACCUCUGAGUGAAUUUUUUCAGCUUGGUAGUAAAUGUAUUUAGAGGCGGAGGAUAUACAUAUUUGAGUUUUUUAAAAUUAUUUAAAUAAAGUCAUACCGUGUUUUAUUCUAGCACAUUAGUUCUAGCAACAAUUAGCUUGAGCCUGGAUCUUCGGUUUCAGAAAUGCAUUAGUAAACCAUGAACUCAUCGAGUUUCCGGAGGUUUAUAGAAAUAUGGAUGAAGCAGGUUAUUUAUGGCCGCAGCACUUAGUUGAAG